AUGAAUCUUGGUCCUCUUCAACCUACACUUUCUAUGUUUCCAAAAUCUGGACCAGAAACUCAUAAACGUAGCUUUCAAGCUUCUUGGUAUAAGUUACAUCCCUGGAUUGAAUAUUCAAAGACCUUGGAUGCAACAUUUUGUUUCCCUUGUUUUUUAUUUAACAAGCCAUCUGGUCUCGGAUAUUACGGUCAACAAGCAUUUACCAUAGAUGGGUUUCGAAAUUGGAAAAAAGUGGGUGGGAAAAAAUGUGUCUUCUUGAUGCAUAUGGGAACCGAUUGUACAUCUUUCCACAAUGUUGCACAAAAGGGAUGGGAUCAUUUAUUUAAUGAGGCGCAAGAUAUACGAAAUGUAUUUGAGAAGUUCACAACUGAAGACCGUGAGAAAAACAGAUUGAGAUUGACGGCUUCUUUUUGUUCCGUCCGUUGGUGUGCCUUUCAAGCAGUUGCAUUUAGAGGCCACAACGAAAAGUCAGAUUCCAUUAACAGGGGGAAUUUUCUUGAAAUGUUGGAGGCACUUAGUGAGUUUAACACCGAGCUUAAAGAGUUAUUUUGCCGUGCUCCCAGAUAUGCAUCAUAUACAUCCCCGUUGAUUCAAAAGGAAAUUUUGAAUCUUAUAUCAAAUAAGGUGAGACAAAUGAUUUAUGAGGAGAUUGGUGGUCGAAGGUUUUGUUUUCUUGUUGACGAAGAAGGGGAUGAGUCUCAUAAAGAGCAAAUGUCUCUUGUUUUGAGAUUUGUUAAUAAAGAGGGAUUUAUUAUAGAGCGUUUUUUUGGACUUAUUCAUGUACGUGACACUACAGCACAAACGCUCAAGGACGGAAUCUAUUCUCUGUUGUCACAUUACAACCUUGAUGUCAAGUYUAUUCGUGGACAAGGGUAUGAUGGUGCAAGCAAUAUGUGA